AUGUAUCUCCCCUAUCACUACCACGAGGCCGCUGGCAAGAGAGUCGUUGGCGACCCGGCGGAGGACACAACGGCGUUCUUACGGAGGGAAUUGUCCCUCGGCAGCCUGGCCGACAUGCUGAGGCAUCUGGGGUUUGCUGGCGCGAAGCGUCCUGCCAAGCCGCUGCAUUUUCAAAUGGUCUUGAGCAGGGAGAUCAUCGUCGUCGACCGGAUGGACCUGCACCUCCUCUGGACAAACAAGGGAAGACUCUUUGUCAAGCCUGUCCCGCGGUUUCUCCUCGAUCCAGCUUUUUGCCGGACUAACCUACAGUGCCCUGAUGCCUGCCCGUGCGAUACUCCUACAGAGACAUGCCGGACAAACCCGCGGAAAAUCGCCCUCGGCUUCCUUCACACCUACGCCUGUCUUGUAUCGUCAGAAAGUGACUUCCACAUUGCCAAUGAAAAGCGCCUUCUGCCUUGCAGGGAAGAUGGCAAAUCAAUCGAAUGGACUGACUGGAAAACCCUGGCCAGAGAGUUGCUCCGAGCGCACGAGCGCGAACCGAACAUGAUGCACCCACGUUUUCUGCGCGCCGAGCUCCGCCUCUCGCGCAUCAACACCAUCCACCGCUUCACGCGCCUCCCACAUUUCGAUCCCUACCUUCGCAGUCGGUACAACUAUGGAAGCCUCUUCGGCGACAAUCUUGCGUGGAUGGCCAUUGUCACCGUCUUUGCAGUCCUGAUGCUGACUGCGAUGCAGGUCGGCCUCGCGACGGAGCGGUUUAAAGACGACGCCGCCUUCCAGCAGGCAUCGUACGGCUUCACUGUUUUUGCCAUCCUAGGGCCCAUAUGCGUGUUUGGCCUGGUGGUCCUGGGUGCGCUGCUUCAUCUUAUCACGGACCUUCCGUUGCUAUUCGGAAGACAGCGCUCUUGCAGGGAGGCUCACCACACUCUGCACAACACCAAUAUGGAGAUCGCACCCUAA